AUAGCCGCCGCAGCGGUUCCCGCCUGAAACAUUUCAAAUCGUUUCAUUCAAAUUAUUCCUCAUAUAUAAAAGGUCAAUAGUGUGGAGUCGCGUCUUCGUUACGAUUGGUUACGCCUAUCGCGACGACACUUAUCUAUUUUAUGUAUCGAAUUUUAAGGUCAUUCAGUAUUCUACUCGAACGUUUUCCGUAAACUCGUGCGCGUGUUGUGUUAAAAUUAUAUUUUUUGGCACUUCUUUAUCACUUGAAGUUUGUUUACUGCGAUAAUUGAUAAGUGGAGGUAACAAGAUAACGAUGUAAAUGGGUAACAAGGGCGGCGAUGGUGUGUGUACUCGCCGGUGUUGUCUAACGUGCGGACGUAAUUUUCUUUCAUCUUUUUGUUCGUCCUUUUAGAACUCAUUAAGUGUGGGGUGUUUAGGAACAGCGUACGUAUGAGUGAUGCGUCUGCGCCGAUGCAAGUGUAACGUUGGACCUAUUUUCGUGCACGGAAAUAAGAGCGGCAAAAGGAGCAAAAAGCCGACAGCCUGAAAAACUUGAGGACGCAGUGCCGAGUGUAUUUCUGUCUGAACUAAUGUCUACAACAGUUGUGUGUGAAUCUGGCGUGUCAGCGUGAGAACCACUUGCCAAAAUGAAGAAGCGGACGUUAUCCAAACUCAAGUCUUUAUUCGGAUCUAAGAAAGGGAAGCGGCACCACCAAGAAUCAGCGAAGUCUUCCCGCUCUGCGUCGCCGAGCCCCGGGCGCGAGGCGGCGCCGGCGCAUGCGGACUCGUUCCGGCCCAUCCUCCGCACGCCACCGCCGUCCCGCGCCGGCCCGCCGCCCAGCCCGCCUGUCCCCACACACCCUGUGGCCCCAGUGUCUCCUGAACCCUCGGCCCCACUCCCACUAAUGCCAUGCCCGGUCUGCAGCCGCACCUUCGUCCCCCAGUCGCUGGCCAAACACGUCAAAAUAUGCGAAAAGAUGACCGUCAAAAAGAGGAAGACGUUCGACUCGUCCAGGCAACGGCGUGAAGGGCUGGCCACUCCGAAUGGUGAAACUGGUUCGCGUUUGACCGCAAUCUCUUCUAAUGGAACAGACUUGGAACAGUACUUGCCAAAGAACUUCGGUCUGCCGGAGAACAGCCCCUUCCUAGAAAAGAGCCCCCCGAACACCGCUAAAGUGGCCCCCAAGCCUAAAGCCUCGUCGGUUAAGAACGUCAUUAAAGGAUCUAAGCCAAUGGCGGAUCUUCAAAGAUGUCCGCACUGCAAUCGCGCGUUCGGCGUGCGCGCAUUCGAACGCCACGUGGAGUGGUGCGCGGACAAGGCCAAGAUAUUACCAGCGGCACCCGCGCAGCCGCCGCCGCACAUCGCCGACGCCAAACAACGAUUGAAUGCGCGCACGCAAUACAAGGCGCCGCCUGUGCGGAAUAGACGUUCGUCCCAGUCGCGCGAGAAGUCGUCGAACAGUCGGUCGGCGUCUGUGGACUCCUCGCGCGGAGUGUCGCCGCCGCCGCCGCGCGAGUACGAGGACUACAAACAUGGACGCUCUCGGGCUUCAGAAUCUGUAUCGAGCAAUGACCACGAAGAAGCGUCACCUCACGUGCCUGUAAUCAGAACUUCCCGCAAUUCAAACAACUCGUGCGGCGACGCCAACGUCAAAGCUCGACAGGCCAGGUUGGCUAGGGAUCUUAGCAGCUCCAGAAAACCCCAAGACCCAACCUCUGUCCAACAAAGUACCACUGACCCAAAUAUAAAGAAAAUUGCAAAUAAACCAAAAAAUAAGUUGAGUCUGAGAAAACAAGAGCAAUUGAAAAAGUUGGAGGAUAUUGCAAGUAAAUAUAAUGAAAGGCAGCAGAAACGACGAGAAGAUAAAGCUAAACGGGAAGAUGAAAGAGCGAGACGCGAGGAAGCGGAGAAACGGAAGCUAGAAGAAAUUAUUACAAACAAUGCUAAGAAACAAAAUAUUGAUAAAAACGUUGAUAAAAGUCAAAUACCAGUACGAAGGAAGAUGCUAAUAAACAAAAACAAACGUGAAUAUCAAGAAGCAAUGGACAGCGCCAGAGUAGAAGUAAAGGAAAUGGAUUCACCAAAACCUAGCACAAGUAAGGGUAGGCAUGUUGUAACGAAAACUCACAUCUCUGCGAUUAAUAAGGAAAAGAAAACCGAAGACAAGAAACCUAGAGCGAAAGUCACUGUUAAAAAAGAAAGCACAAUCAGCUUAGACAGCCUUGAGUGUACAUCCAACUCAGCUCGAGAUGGAAACCACCAAUCUAUAGGAAUAAAUACGGAACUACUUUGCCCGUGUGUUCCUUGCGUUAUACAUGAAAAUGCAGAUCAAAAAAUAACCGGCAGAAAAAAGAGCGCACGUGACAAAUUUGAUAAAAUCAACAUUCAGAUUUGCGAGGACAACUUACCUGAACCUAAAGUAGAACUCUUAUUCAAAAAUCUUUCAAUGGUUAGUUCUUGCGAUAUACAAGCAAGGAACUAUGAUACUGGACCCGAAUCGAAAGAGAAUGUGUCUGUAUUGACACAACAAACCUCAGCUGAAAGUCUAUCAGGUUCCGAUAAGUAUAUAAAUGUUAAAUCACAAUCUGGCGAAUCUCGAAGCGACACGUGCAAAAUUAAGAUUAACGAUUGUGAAAUUAAAGAAAACUCAAAGACCAGCGAAGGUAAUUUUAGUUGCAAAACAAAGGAAGACGCAAUAGAACGUACGCGAGAAUUAUCCAACGAAGAAUUUGAUGAGGACUAUGAGCAUGAUAUGAGUGGAGAACUAGAUGAUUCUAUUGAAAACAAAUAUGAUACUGCUAAUGAUGAAAACGAUGCAUUGCCUCGACAUGGAAGCGGCGAUACUUAUACAAAAUUCACUGAAAAUCCCGACGACUUAGAAGAAUUUAUUAACUUAACCGACAAAAUGAUGAGUACUCAUAAUUUUAACGAAGUUAUUUUUGAUAUAGAUAAGGACGUAGAAGUUUUGCAUACGCCAAAGACUAAUUCCAUUGAAGCAAUAAAUAAGACUAUCUCGGAUGAUAAUUUAGAAUCUGAAACAAAGGUAAACUUUUCUGCUACGCUAGAAGAAUUAAAGAGUGACUUGCAAGAAUUGCUUACCGGUGCUGGAAACGAUGCAGUAAAUGAAAAAUUAGGAAUAGCUGAACAAAAUUCCGAAGACGUCUCUGGAGAAGAUAAUAGAAAUAUUUCUGAUAUGGAGCAUAUUACUGUUUAUGAACUUAAGUUUUACGAAAGACAGUUGCAAGUAAAGGAGGCAAUAAUAGAAGAGAAUAUUUCAGAGAACACAUUUGUAAAGGAUAAGAGUUCGGAGCCUGUUAUAGAAGAAAAUAAUUAUUUAGAUGAUAUGUCUUUAGAAUUUAAAUUGCCAUCAAUAGCAGAAAACAAUAAACCGACACGAAAAAGCGCGUGCUCUAAGAAGAAAGUGCAAAAUAUAUUCAAGUCGAAUCGGAAAUUUAAGAUGCUUGGAGAACAAAAUAGAAAUGACAAAGAAAAUCAGACGUUCGUCAAGGAUCAAGAUAGUGAUUCUCAGUCUAUAUCGGGUGAAGCACCGCCUCUCAAACUGCCACGUAUUGACAACAAAAGCAGUAACAAUAUCGUGAGCGAGAGCCUUUUCCCAUCCUCUGUGAAGCGUUCUUCCUCCCUCCUUGAUUCCAUUCAAAAGAAGACCGUUCAGAAAGCAGACAGUAUGAAGAGUCGUCAUAAAGCCGAUCAACUAGAGCAAGACAUAAUGCAGUCUCUGAAAGAAUUCGACAACUUGUACGAGCCCGAAAAGAAAGAUAGUAACCAGUCGAACAAAGAGACGAGGUAUAGCUCAUCACACAACGGCACGACCAAACGAGAAUCUCGCGUCAAGUCUGAGAAGAAGAACAAGAAGAGUGAACACGUUUCCAAUGGCAACUACACGCCUAAUGGAAAGAGCGCCGACUCGGCUUAUAGCAGGUUAGUGAGUCUAAAUAGAAUAUCGCCAUCUAAACUAUCAGUGUGCAAUUCAAAAGAAUCAAAUGGUGUAUCACCAUUGGACCAAAUUGCGGGAUCAGAUUCAAGCGGAUGUCAGAAGGAUGACAUCAGAUCUGUGUCCAGUGAAGAGUUUCUGGCGAUGGAGCGCUCUGCCGAGUUGGACGAACCUCUACAAGACAAUGUAUUUACACCGAGCAAAGAAAUUGAAAAUCCUUUAAUUAAUGAAAAACGUAUGAGUUCACGUCCAUCGUCGCGACGCAGCUCAACGUGGCGACCGCGACAGGAGCUGAGCUCGAGCGAGUCGGAGGCGUCGCUGGCGCGGCGCGAGGGCCGCGAGAGUCGCGAGCCGGUGCCGCCGCCGCGUCUGUCGCGCUUCUGCCAUGAAUGCGGAAGCAAAUUCCCAGUUGACACCGCCAAGUUCUGCAUCGAGUGCGGCGUCAAACGACUCGUAGUAUAGGACCCCGUGAGAUCUCUAGUCUAGAUUGUGCGACGUAAGCUUCGGUUAAUUAGGUUUACGAGUGAUUUGUGCACCACACGCGUUUCACGGCUGCCGCGACUUCUUUUAAAGAUGAUGCAACCUGUGUUGUGAGGUAGUAUUCCUGCUCGCUUCAUUUGAAACAUUUGUAAGAGACGAAAUAUCGAACGAUAUUGAAAAGUUAGCUGCAAAAUAAAUGAAAGAGCUGACAUGAUUUUUAAUAUUUUAUUGGUCUAAACAUUAUACUGCGAGAUUUGAAUAGAAGGAAAUAUUUUUGCAUGAAAUAUGACCAACGAAUAAUACUUUUGUUUUGUCUAUUUGGAAAUGUUUGCAUUUGAUAAAUAUACUACAAAUAUCAUAAUCUGUAAUAAUCUAUAACGUUGAAUAUAAUAAUGUAAUUUAAUGAUGAAAUACCUCGGAUUUAAGUAGAAGUAUCUACACAAAUAUUUGCACAAAUUGACAAUGUUGGACCAUUGCUAAGUAUGUUAGGGAAAUUGAUGAGCUUUCCUUUAAAGGAACAAAGAUUACGUUUGUUUAGAACUACGAAUAUAGUAAUGUAUUGAAUGAUGCAUCUUAUUUUACAAAAUGUUACCAAAUUGCUAUUUAAAACUAAUUUGUGCCUUCCCAUGUAGCUAGAGUUAAUGUAUGUAUUCACUUGCUAAGCUACUGUUUUGUUUGCAAAGUUUUUAUUUCUGUUACAACACAGCCAACACAUUCGAGCCGCAACCUUGGAAAUUGAAUAUCUGUGAUAUGAGGAAACAAUUGGCGAAUCAAAAAUAUAAUUGAGUUUCGAAACGAAGUUUUAAUAUGGGAUCUAAAAUAAUGUUAAGUGCCAAUUCUUUAUUCUGGGUUUUUAGGAGAAUUUUGUGUACGUUUUUAUUUUUGUUUAGCGAUUGUUAGCGAAAACAAUUUUAUUUUUUAUAAUUAUUAAUCGCCCUUCCAAGGAUUUUCACAAUGUCUCUUGUCUGCAACAUAGUUGGCCAUUUUAACAAGACUGAUUUUAUUUUCAAAGUUUUUGAACUAUGAAUAAUCCUUAGUUACUGUUGUAUAUUGUUUUUAAUAAAAUAACAAUUUAUCAUGUAAUAAAUUAACAUUUCGAUAAUA